UAGACGCCAGUGCAGCGCGCCACAGCAUUCAGCAAAGUGCUCCCUCUCUCUCUCUCUCUCUCUCUCUCUCUCAUUCUGGCGCUCUGACACAAAACGCUCUCUCUCUUUUGCUCCCCCGCUUCUGUGCUUUCUUCGUUCCAAAACCGCAGGAACACACAGUCUCUCUCUCUCUCGCACUCUUUCUCUCUCUCAUCCCCCUUUUUUUUCCUUCAGCAGUGGCACGCGCCUCAGUUCCCUUUGCUCCAGCGUGUGCAUGCAGUGAGGGAUGAGUGCGCGAGCAAGGCAGCAGACAGGAGAAAGAGCAGAGUAGAUGAGCGCAAACGGGGUGCAAAGAGGAGGGAGAAGAGGAAGGUGAAGGGAAAAGAAGCCGAGAGGUUAAGGAGGAAGGACAGAUGAAGGAAGAGAGUUUGUGAAGCGCUUGGAUUUUAUCUAGCUCAAGUCUUUGCGUCGGCUAUUCCCUCUGGCAAAGGACUCAAUUAAGGUGAUGAUUUCACUACCUGGCUGACUGGUUCAGUACCACUAGAAAGAGGAGUUGAGGAGCACCAGGCUUUAAGUGGCCCCUUCCCUGGUCCCUUCUUCACCCCCUCCUCUCCUGGUCCCUCUCCUAAACCUCAGUAUCCAGCCUUUCCCAUUGUGCCCUGGCUCUGGCUAUCUGGUCUUUGUCUUCCACCCUUUUCUGGACUUGGACUUUGACUUUGACACGGCGCCGUCCCAGACCGCCCAAUGCUGAAGGGGAACUGUCUGCUGCUGUUCCUGUGCUACUUCCUCGUGCAGAGCUCCUCGGCUCCUCUCCACACACUGCCCCUAGCUCAGCCCCACAACAGGCCAGGGCACGACUGGCCCCGUAGCCUGGCCAGCAUGUCCACAGCAGGCCGCAGCGGAGGGUCUGGAGGCUUCCAGAGAGUCAAGAGGGGAUGGGUAUGGAACCAGUUCUUUGUGCUGGAGGAGUACAUGGGAUCUGACCCACAGUAUGUAGGCAAGCUGCACACGGAUCUGGACAAAGGAGAGAGUGCGGUAAAAUACACUCUGUCAGGGGAGGGGGCCGGAACCAUCUUCACCAUCGACCAGACCACGGGGGACAUUCAUGCCUUACGCAGCCUGGACAGGGAGGAGAAGCCUUACUACACACUCCGAGCCCAGGCCGUGGAUAUCGAGACCAACCGUCCACUGGAGCCCGAGUCAGAGUUCGUCAUUAAGGUGCAAGACAUUAACGACAAUGAGCCAAAGUUUCUGGAGGGCCCUUACACAGCUAGUGUCCCUGAGAUGUCGCCUGUUGGUACAUAUGUGACCAAAGUAACGGCGACAGAUGCAGAUGACCCCACUUAUGGUAACAGUGCACGAGUGGUGUACAGCAUCCUGCAUGGCCAGCCAUACUUCUCUGUGGAUCCCAAGACAGGUGUUAUUAGAACUGCUCUGCCCAACAUGGAUCGGGAGGUGAAGGAGCUCUAUCAGGUUCUCAUCCAGGCCAAAGACAUGGGGGGCCAGUUGGGGGGUCUGGCUGGGACCACCACCAUCAACAUCACCCUGAGCGACGUUAAUGACAACCCACCCAGGUUCUCCAAAAGUAUCUUCCACUUGCGCGUGCCCGAAUCUUCAGCGGUGGGAUCUGCUGUGGGCAGAAUCAAAGCCCAUGAUCUGGACAUUGGCAAGAAUGCUGAAGUGGACUAUAACAUCAUCCCUGGAGAUGAAAGAGGAACAUUUGACAUCACCACCAAUGAGCACAACCAGGAGGGCAUCAUCAUCCUUAGACGGCCUCUGGAUUACGAGACAAGGAAGGCCUACACAUUUAAAGUGGAAGCAUCAAAUGCACACUUAGACCCACGAUUCCACAGUUUUGGCCCAUACAAAGACACAGCAACGGUCAAGAUUAACAUUCUAGAUGUGGAUGAGCCUCCUGUGUUCAGUAAACCAUCCUACACAAUGGAUAUUCAUGAGGACACACAGCUGGGUACCACCAUUGGAGCAGUGACCGCCCAGGAUCUGGAUGCCGGAAGCAGCCCAGUCAGGUAUUCGAUUGACUGGAAGAGUGACCUGGACAGCUUCUUUGACAUUGACCCUGUGACAGGAACCAUCUCCAUCAGCGAGCUGCUGGACAGGGAGAGUAUAGCCCAACACAACAUAACAGUUGUGGCAACCAAAGUCAAUAAUCCAGUGCUGACCAGCAGAGUGUCCGUCACAGUUCAUGUCCUGGAUGUUAACGAAUUUCCGCCUGAGCUUGCCAUACCCUAUGAGACCUUUGUGUGCGAAAGUGCCAAAGUGGGACAGGUGAUUCAGAUCAUCAGCGCAAAAGACCAGGACCUUCCCAUGACAGGACAGAAGUUCUCCUUCAAAUCACCACAGGAAGGGUUGAAGAGCAAGAACUUCACCAUCAAAGACUUUGGGAACAACACUGCAGGUGUCGUCACACUGCGCAAAGGUUUUCGGCGCCGUACUCAGGAGAUAUACCACCUCCCAGUGGUCAUUGAGGACAGUGGGCUACCAGUAAAAAACAGCACCAGUACCCUGACCAUCCGUGUGUGUGCCUGCGAUUCUGACGGGGCACUCCUGACCUGUAAUGCAGAGGCCAUCUUCCUCCCUGUGGGCCUUAGCACCGGAGCACUUAUCGCCAUUCUGCUGUGCAUCGUCAUACUGCUAGUGAUCGUGGUGCUGUAUGUGGGAGUGCGGAGGCAGAAGAAGAAGGAGACAUUGAUGACGUCUAAAGAGGACAUCCGAGACAACGUUAUCCACUACGACGACGAAGGUGGUGGGGAGGAGGACACACAUGCCUUUGAUAUGGGCACUCUCCGGAACCCCAAAGCCAUCAAGGAGAACCUCUUCAGACGUGACGUGAAACCUGAGGCGGGUGCCAUUCCACGCCCUGCCAUCGCCUCGCAGGACAGCGCAGACAUCCAGAACUUCAUCUGUCAGAGGCUACAAGAACACGACGGCGACACCUCCGCCCCGCCCUACGACUCACUGGCCACCUACGCUUACGAAGGCGAGGGCUCUGUGGCAGAGAGCCUGAGCUCCAUAGAAUCCCUAACCGGUGAAACAGAAGAGGAUUACGAUUACCUAAACGAGUGGGGACCUCGCUUCAAAACCCUCGCAGGGAUAUUUGGAGAGCGUUCUGAAAGCCAGACUGAUAUCACCUCCACAACUAGCACCACCACCACCGAAAACAAACAUUGAUGUUUUCUGAAUUGCAAGCUUGAAAACAAAUGUGAACUUAGAAGAUGUUUAUUUAUUUACUUCACUUUCUUAGUGGAUUUUUUUUAUGUAAUUGUUCUUUUUGCUAUUUAAGGAUUUUGUUACUCUGUGUGCUUCUGUUUGCCUCCAUUGCCUGUCCAAGAUUAAGGACUUCGGAGGUUUGAUUGAAGAAAAAGAAAAAAAAAGGAAAAAAAAACAGAAUGUUUUAGUUAUGACCAUGGAUUUUUGUCAUAUUUAUUCUGCUUUACUUUCAAUGCUUGAAGAAUGACAAACCUGAGUAGGAGAAAAAAUGCAAGCAUUUUCUUUGACAUCCUUAAAAAAAAGUGCCUCAAUGGAAUUAAUUUGUUUUUUUUCUUCUUUUCUUCAGUUUAGCUUUGUUUUUCACUCUUAACCCAGCCCCCCUCCCACCCCCCAAAGACAGCCAGUGCUAAUGAUGCGGAGGCUCAUGAAUGGUUGUGGGGUUGACCAGCUUCAUUAAGGGGUCCGUGGGGGAAAUCUACACAUGGCCCAAGUUUGGCCAAAGAUAUUUUGAAUGUUAUUUAUGCUUCUAUUUAUUUAUUUGUGAGGCUAGCAGGCCCGGUUUUUAGGAUUUGUCGAUGUAUUUAUCUAUUUAUCUGAACCUAAAAGUAAAUAUGGAUUUUUUUAUUUUUUAAAGACACUUGGGGAUUUUUGUAAUUAUUCACUCCUCACAUGGAGAUGGACAUUGAAGUGUUGUGAGGAAACUGUAAAAAUCUGUAAAGAAUCUUGGUAUAAAAAAAAAAAAAAAAACAGUUUAGGGCUAAACAUGAGCUACUACACAGUUGAGUCAUGUAAUACACACAGUUUUCUUAAAUAAACACAGCUUGGAAAAAAUAAAA